CGCAGGAGUGAAUACUUCUCUGUUUGGAUCUCAUCUUAAAACAGUCAGAGUUAAAAUCCUAGAACGCCCGUCAGUGUGAAUGCACUAGCUUUUGUUUUCUUUAGAGCUGACGUUAUCCACCCACGUUUAGGAGCCUUUGGUAUUGGUGGCCUCCUGGGAACGCUGGAAGACAGAGGACUGAAUGUAAACUGGAGUCUGCUGAGUGACAAGUGGUAAAACUGAGAGACCCACGCACCCAACGGACACAGGCCCAGAGACUCUGAGGAAAAUGAAGUUUCCCUGCCUGUCCUUCCGGCAGCCCUACGCUGGUUUAAUCUUAAAUGGAAUCAAGACUCUUGAGACACGUUGGCGUCCCCUGUUGAGCAGCUAUCAGAAAUGUACUGUUGCCAUCCAUAUUGCUCACAGGGAUUGGGAAGAUGAUGCGUGGCAGAAAGUGCUGGUGGAGAGGUUGGGGAUGACCCCAACACAGAUUCAGACCUUACUACAGGCAGGAGAAAAAUACGGCAGAGGGGUAAUAGCUGGACUUGUUGACAUUGGAGAGACUUUGCAGUGUCCAGAAAACUUAGCUGCUGAUGAUGUUGUGGAACUGGAAACUCAAGCAGUGCUAACUAACCUGCACCUGAAGUACCUGACAGUUUCAAACCCCAGGUGGUUACUGGAGCCCAUACCUAGGAAAGGGGGGAAAGAUAUAUUCCAAGUAGAUAUCCCAGAGCACCCUGAUCCCACUGGAGAAAGAAUGGAGCAGUGAAUGCUCUGGAAAACAACUGGGUAAUGGCUCUGCCCAUAGAACAUCAUAGUGUGAACCUCCAAAUCUCAACUCCUACAGAGCACAGUUCACUAGGUGCUGUUCCCAGACUGCUCUGCCCUCAGGAAGGGGAUGGCAGUGAAGACAUCCCUCAUGCUGUGGCUCUGCCAGCAAAGCUGCACAGUCUUGAGAAGUUUGGCCUUUAGGGAAAAGGAAAAAUCCCAGGAAAUGAUAUUUUGCUGAAGUUCACUUUAGUCCUGCUGUUCUAGAUUGCACAAAUAAAUCUGUCAAUGGUUAAGUGUUUAGUGUCUCACCUCCCUUUCUCCUUUUCCAUGUCUUUGUUGCAGUCAAAUCUCAUGCAAUGUAUGAACAACGCCUAGGGGGCCAUGUGACAAGUCCGGGACCAGGCACUGAGUUAACCCCAAUACACUAAGUCUGUGAUGAAGAGGGAAUCAAAUGGAGAAAACAGUGACCCAUUCUUGCUCUUAUUCUGGGAAACAGUCCCUCAAGCAACAAAAAAAUGACUAUCACCCAACUACUCUUUACCUAGAUAAUCCUAAAUAUUACAAAGGUAGCAUGAAGUUUAAUAUUUAGAUGUUAGUGUUUAUCUUGUAGCAAAUAUUUAUUUCUUCCAUGCAAUUUAUCUUGACCUCAGCUUCCCCCUCCCUGCACUCCUCCCAAUCGCUCCCCCACACACACACACAAACCUCACCUCUCUCCCAGAUCUACUGCUCCUCUCUUUCUAUUCAGAAAAGAACAGGCUUCCUAGGUAUAUCAACCGAACACUGCAUAACAUACAAUAAGACUAGGCACCUCCCCUCAUAUCAAGGCUAGAUGAGGCAACCCAGUAGGAGGAAGAAUCCCAAGAGUGGGCAAAAGAGUCAGAGAAAGCCAUUUUCCCACACUUACAAGUGUCACAAACACGCCAAGUUCAACAAUCACAGCAUGGUUGCAUAGUUGCCAAUUCUAUGAGCCCCAUUAACUUGAUUCUGUGGGCCUACUUACUAUUUGGUCUAUGUAUCAAUGACUUGGAAGAUAUGUUACAUAGUCCUCUUGUGGGAAACUGAAGGCCGAGCAUUAGAUGGAUGUUAGAAAUUCAUAUUGACAUUGACUGGGGUUGGGGAACCAGGAGAAUGCACAUGUGCCUGUGUAAUACUGUAGCUGCUUCUAAUGGGAAGGAAAGGUGGACUCAGGGAACAGAAGACAAGGGCACAGGGACAAUACAGACAGAUAGCACAGAAAUUCCAGGCUCAAGAUCAUUAUUUUACCUCCAUGGGGUCUGCUUUUAUUUAAUAAGAACUAAAAUUGUUCAUUUCCACAAAAUAAAUGGUGAUUUGUCUCAGUC